GUUGACUAUCAUUUAUUACUGAAUUAAAGAAACAAACAUGGAUGUCAGAAUCAAGUACAAUAAAGGAAAAAUAAUGCCAUUAGAUGAAGAACAUUCAUCAGCACUUAACAAAACACAGGCAAUAUCUCCAGGGAAAGAAAGAACAAUGGAUGCUGAUAAUAAAGAAUUAAAUGCAGAGGAUCUCAUUUUCUUUAAUAGAGUUAAAAAAGAUGCUUUGAGGUGGAAAUCUUAUGCUUGCUGCCGCAGGAUGCAAAAGUCAAAUAAAACGUCAUCAUGUCUGGGAUUGUAUAAACUAAAGAAGAUGACUGAUGAAAUGAUUGAUAAGCCAGAUGGAAGAAAUAUAAAAGAGUUUCUCAACCACAAAUUAAUUAACUACUUUGCCAAAUUAGGAAAGUCAACUAAUGAAAAUGAAACUGUUGACUUAGAGUAUGUUAAGAAUUUACUUAAGUCUGGAGCCGAUAUCAAUAGCACAGACAAAUAUGGGCAAACAAUUUUGCAUGAGGUUGCUAGAGCUUGGCAUACAGAUGUUGCUCUAUAUGUCAUCAAAAAAGGUGCCAAUGUUAAUCAGGGAGAUAAUUAUGGACGAACACCUUUACAUGUGGCAGCUGCUGUGGAUUAUGUUCCUAUGGUGGAUUUACUGUUGAAGCACAAAGCUGACAUUGAGGCUAAGACAAAAGAUGAAUUGCAAACUCCUGUAUUUUAUGCUGCCAAAAAUGAUGCUGUCAAUUCACUGAAAGCUCUGGUAAAGAAAAAGUGUAAAUUUAUUGAUAUCCAGGAUUACAAAGGAAGGACACCCAUUUAUGUUGCUGCUGAAUUAGAUCGUAGCGAGACCACCAAGUUAUUGCUGGAGUUAAAUGCUCCAGGAUAUUCAAGUGCCAAUGAUGGUUCAAGGGCCAUAACUUGGAUGAUAAAUAAAAUGCCACCUGUGGCUUUUGAAGCCCUCAAUCAGAUGCACUCAACAGACCGUCCAAACAGGAAGCAGUAUUAUUCUCUCAAUUACUUAUUCUGUGAAAAAGUUACAUCAAAAAACAUUUCAGACCAUAAUGUUAGUGGAAGCUCUCAAACUUCAUUGCAUGUUGCUGUUGGACUAAGACAAUAUGACUUAAUUAUGCAUCCCGUCUUCAAACGUCUGCUGGAUGUAAUGUGGGAUCAAUAUGGAAAAAGAUCUGCUAUCUUUCAUCUUUGUCUGAAUCUUAUUUACAUUCUCCUGUGGACUAUCAUUGGACUGGUUGUAGAGUAUGACAAAAGGCAUUAUUAUGACCUACCUGGUGACACUUGGAGGAUAGUACUUUUUAUCUUAGCAGCUUUAUUGACUUUCUAUCAGAUCUAUGAAGAAAUCAUGGAGUUCAGACGAUCGCAGGAUUACCAUGAUGCAUGGGAAACAAAAAGAAAAGGAGAUAUUAAAAAUGAUUUAGAGUACUGCCAUCCAAGAUGGCCUGGAGAAAAGAAAUAUUUGCUGAGUGAAAUAGCUGAGUUGGAAAAUCUAAGGCCAAAGUAUUUUAAUGAUGCCUGGAAUAUUUUUGAUUGGAUUUGUUACAUAUUUUUAUUAAUCUGUAUGGCUACACAUAUUGCUGAUAUUAUAGAUCAUUCUGAGGUCUUGGCUAAAGUCCACAUUAGAAUAAUGGCGAUAACUAUCAUUUUACUUUGGUUACGACUCAUGAAGCAUGCCAGAGCUUUUGCAUUGCUAGGACCAUUUAUAGUAAUGUUAGGCCACAUGUUGAAAGAUUGUGUUCGAUUUCUUUUCUUAUAUAUGGAGUUUUACAUACCUUAUUUGACAGCUUUUUGGAUGAUAUUUGGAGGUACUAAAAUGGCUGCAGACAACUCUACAGAAGAAGUCACUGUCAGUGGAUUCACUUAUCCUGGAGAAAUCUUUUUCAGUACAUUUCGUCUGACUUUAGUUGAUGAUUAUGAUUAUGAUAAUAUGCAAAAGAUAGACAGUAUUAUGGCUGACCUAUUACUAGGAACCUGGUUUAUGUUGUCUGCUAUCCUGUGCCUUAAUUUGUUUAUAGCUCUACUGUCAGAUACAUUUCAAAGAGUUUAUGACAAUGCUCAAGCUAACUCUGUCAUGCAAAGAGCAAUAUUUCUGGUGAACAUUUGGGAAGGCAUGAGUAGAAAGAGAAAAGAACAGUUUUUAGACUACAUUGACGAGUUCUGUAGUCCACUGAAAGAUGAAUAUGAUGAUGACAUGACACAAACAGGGGAAGAGGAUUUAAAAAGAAUUACAUUUCAAAUAAAGGAGAAUUUGGAUGAUUUACAGGAACUCUUCAAGCUACAGUUUGGUGAUCCCCGAUCACACCUGACAGAGGAUGAAGAAAACACAAGCAAAGAAAGGAGGAAUCAACUUUUUAAACCCAACUCCGAUGUAGAGGAAAUCAAACAAUCACUGAUUAGUUUUCAAACUGAGCAGCUAAAUAUUACAUCUCAAAUGCAAAAAGAUCUUUUAUCAGUGAAAAACAUGUUACAACAAUCAUUAAGCAAACAAAUACCAGAUUUUCAAAGUGCAAGUCCAGUAAGUGAAAGCUUAGAGAAUGUUGGUUAUGACAAUGAAAAACUUGGUAAGAAAAAAAGACGGAGAAAAAAGGAGAAGCAUUUCAAAGGAUUUGGCUCAGAGCUUCAAGAUCACGCACCGGCAUCAUUUCAGAAUUUUACAAGUCUACAGGAUCAAUCUCAGAGGGUCAAUGUGAAUGAAUCGACCAAUUGUUAGCAGCCAAGAGACUUCUCGAAUACAUUAUUUACAAUCUUGCAGUUAAAUCAAAUACUUCCGAAAUACAUUAUUUACAAUCUUAUAGUCAACAUCAAGAAACUCUUCUUGCUCAAUGAAGUAAUUUUUUUUUUCUGUUUUUAUUUGGUGUAUAUUUGACAGUGUAAUUAAUUUCUUAAUUUUAAGGGCAUUUUGCCUAUUUGAUGUCAAUCAUAUCUAGAUAAAAUUUACUUAUACAAGUCAUCAACAUUUCCUUAACUACAUUACCAAAUAAAUAAUAUUGUAAACAUAUUUUAACCCUUAAAAAAAAAUUCUUGUUUGUUAUCUGUGCAGUGCUAAAAUUUAAGAUGAUCCAUAAUGCAGGAUAUAAAAUUGAAAUCUGUUUUUGUAACCAGAAUUUGUGGUAUACCUUUUGGUUUAAGUUCCUUGUUUGUGGAUCUUUCAAUAAGCUAUUCCUGCAUUAGUAUGGAUUCAUCUGUAAUUUGACCUUUGAAUAAGCUAUUCCUGCAUUAGUAUGGAUUCAUCUGUAAUUUGACCUGAGUUUGUCCACACACAGCCGGGAAUAUCCAAGUGAAGGAUUUCCAAUCUUUGGAUUAGGUCAUCAUAGAGUAAGAGUAGUGAGGGGCAAGUGGAGUAUUUAAUAAUAUUAUCUGAUCAUAUAGGGAAGAAGUUAUUUUAGUUGUAUACAAUUUUCUUCUUUCUGUGGACCCCAUACAUUUGUCUCAAGGACUCCUUAGUGGUCUGAUGAUCAUAGUUUUAGAACCACUGAUGUAACAUAUAGGUUUUGAACCAUUUACUUUUUGUUUCAUUUUUUAAUAUGAUUGACAGAUUUAUUUCAAUGACACCCUGCCAUUUAUUCUUAUGAAUUAAGUAUAUAUUUAUUUAUGUGGUAUUUAAAAAAAUAUACUUCCCUGUUGUAAAUUAAGUCACAAAGAUGUUGCCAAAAUAUUUUGUUUUGUAAGUUAGACCUAAUUUAAAACAAAUAGUAAUCUUAUAAACUUCAUUUUCUUGAUCAUUUUUUUAUGCAUUGAUUUAGAGAAUUCGAAUAAAAUAUUAAGCAUUUUCAAAACAAUUACAUUAAGUGAAGACCAGGAGAGGCCGGUAAUUCGCUUAGCUUCCGAACCGAGGGUCCCGGGUUCGAAGUCUGGGAUUUUCAACUUCGGAAUCCUUGGGCGCCUCUGAGUCUACCCAGCUCUAAUGGGUACUUGACAUUAGUUGGGGAAAAGUAAAGACGGUUGGUCGUUGUGCUGGCUACAUGACAUCCUCGUUAACCAUAGGCCACAAAAACAGAUGAACUUUACAUCAUCUGCCCUAUAGACCACAAGGUCUGAAAGGGGAACUAGUUAGGCCAGGUUCACAUCUAACUUUGCAUUAACUUGCACCUAUCCUUUGAUCUGCAGCAUCAUUGGGGCACUACACAAGAUCUGUCAACCUUCUUUCUCCAUCCUUAUCUCUCAUUUGUCUUUGAUAUAAUUUCAUUUGGAUGUUCUUUCUGAAAAUAUUGAAGCCUGCCUGGGUGGACCACUUCGGGGGCCGGUUUGUGUUUCCACACAAACUGUCUUUGUAACCUUGUUUAAUUUAUGUUUUCAUUUUGUACUGGAACAUAGAUCUAGUUAGCUGUUUAACUUUAAGCAAAAAAUGUAAACCUUUUACUUUUUUUUCCAUUUUUUACUGUAUGAACUGUUUAAUUUUUAACUAUUUACUUUCAAAUUUUAAAUAUUGUCUAGUAAUUGAACUAUUUUAUUGUCUAAUUGUACUAUCUGAGAAAUCUUUUGUUCUCUGUUUAUUGAAUGUAAAUAGAUUGAAAUCAGGGAGCUAAAGUGAAUAGGGCAGCACUCUGAAACACUUGAUUUCCUUUCCUGGUAAGCCUUUGUAUUUUAACAUAAAACUGGAGACUUUUUCCUAUCCUUGUGUGAACUCAGUUAUUCAGUCAUUUAGUGUUUAGUACCAUUGUCUUAGGAAAUUAGUUAAGCUUGCAAUAUUGAUUCUUUUUUAAAGUUCUAAACCUUCAAAUUAAAGUAAAGAAUGUUUGCUGGUUUGUAGACAUUAGUAGAUCUACAUUCCUACUGGAGUUGUUUUUUUUUUAAUGUACAGCUGAUGUAUGAUAAUUAAACCAAUUACUAAAUCUUUAUUUUUCAAAUUGUUGGAUAAUUGCAUUUAUUUAGUUAUGUAAUUUUUAAAAAAUUUACACAUUAUUUUUAUAUCUACUUGCUCAAUGCAUUGUUAUUUAUUAUAAUAGUAGUGUGAUCACAUAAUUUAUACACCAAGUUAUAGUUGAUUAAAUACAUUGAACUAUUUCUAUGCUUUAUAAAAAUGUGAUACCAAAAAAACAAGUAAUUAGGUCAAAUAAAUGGAUGAUAAUUACUUAAGCCUGGCUUCUUGUUUGUUUUUUUUUAAAUAGAACUAAAUAUAACAAUGUAAACAAGGACAAAACAUUUGAUAAUUUGACUGCCACAUAUAUGAGAUGGGACUGUCAUUUUUUUAAUUUUGGAAUUUAGUUGUUAAGUUUUUAAAAAAUUUACACAUUAUUUUUAUAUCUACUUGCUCAAUGCAUUGUUAUUUAUUAUACUAGUAGUGUGAUCACAUAAUUUAUACACCAAGUUAUAGUUGAUUAAAUUCAUUGAACUAUUUCUAUGCUUUAUAAAAAUGUGAUACCAAAAAAACAAGUAAUUAGGUCAAAUAAAUGGAUGAUAAUUACUUAAGCCUGGCUUCUUGUUUGUUUUUUUUUAAAUAGAACUAAAUAUAACAAUGUAAACAAGGACAAAACAUUUGAUAAUUUGACUGCCACAUAUAUGAGAUGGGACUGUCAUUUUUUUAAUUUUGGAAUUUAGUUGUUAAGUUUCUAAAAUGACCUAACUACACAUUUAAAUAUAAAAAACAAAUUAAGUGCAUUGAUUACCAAAAUAAGUAUUAUUUGGUUUAGAAAACAUAUCCAUACAUACAACUUAACAUUAUUCUCCUCACCAACUGUGCAUUGCUAAAUAAGUCACUAAACUCAUAGGAAGUACAAUAAUAAUUUCUAGUGACAUCGAGAACAUCCAACUAUGAGUCAAGCAGAAUAUGGUGCGGUCUUCAGACAUUAACGCAUUGAUUUCUUUUUUAAAACACUAGCUGUUUAAAACUUUAUUACUGCUGUACUCAAUAAAAGUUGGUUUAAAAAAGUAAAAUUGAGAAUAAUUGUCACAUUUUUUUUAACCAAUAGAUAAUUUUUUCUUCUGUAUUAUUUUGAAAGGUGACACUUAACUGGUAGAGUACAAAGUAUGUGUAAUGCAGUCAAAUGUAAUGGUUAUUUUAUUAUCAUUCCUUUAUAAUUCAUAAGCUGUACUCUAUAUCUGAGCUAGACAUAAAACACUUUAUAAUAUGGCUCACUCUAAAAAAAAUGUUUAAAGAAACAAUUAAACAUUCAUUGAAUGUGAUAAGGAUAAAUAAAAUUAAAUGGGAAUGAU